GAGGGACGGUCAACAACUCCCACUAGCUUCACAACAAGAGAAGAGAAUGUGCAAAUUUAGUCGUAGUUAUAUUUUAUUAUUAUUUAGACUUAGCAGUCAUAGGCUCAUAAGCCAACUAUUUAUUUUCCUCAAUCAACUGGUCUCCUUUUGUCCUAUGGGAUCUCUGAGAUUGAGAGAAAUUGUCCCUUUUUCCACAUUUUGACAUUUAGAGUCUUCUCUUUACUCUUUAUUAGCUUUUACUUUGUAAUCUUUCUUCUUCAAUUAAAGCCCACGAGCUGGUUUUGUUUCUUUUAAUGCACAAAAGACCCUCCAUUACCAAAAGCUUACUGAUAAAUUAGUAAGGUCUAAGGGAAGUCCCUUUAAAGAGAAGAUUCACUGGUCAAAAUCUCAAAGCUCUUAUCUUUACUUGCCCAUUUCAGUCGCUGCUAUGUUCAGACUCUUAGCUGCAAAUGAUGACUUUGUGGGUAUUUCUUGGAACCUCGUGUUUGCUCAACUGCAUUGAGAGAAGUGGAGUUUUUGGAAUCUAAUUGGUGCUUGCCGUUAACCCAUUUCGUUCUUUUUGGACUUCUGGCAGUGGGUCGGCUACCUCUGGUUUAUCUCUGGACUCAUCUGGAGAUGUGGUUUGAAGGUGGAGACAGCAAAAUGUUGGGACUGAUGGUGACUCCUGCACAUAAGCGUUCAAAGAGCUUCCCUGAUAAGAAAAUAUUUGAGGAAGAUGGAGGAGAUAAUUCCUUUGAAGCAUCACAUCGCAUAAAGCUGGAUAUGGGACACUUGAAGAACUCUGUCAAAACCAAGAAAGAAUCCCCCAAGACUGAAGUUCAAGUUUCUUUGAAGGAAGAGAUUCUACAGCUUGAGAAAAGAUUACAAGAUCAGUUUGAAGUCCGCCGCACUCUUGAAAAAGCACUUGGUUAUAAGACUUCCUCCCAUGAUUAUGCGCCUGAAAUGUCAAUGCCCAAGCCGGCUACAGAAUUAAUAAAGGAAAUAGCGGUGUUAGAGUUAGAAGUUGCAUACUUGGAACAGUAUCUUCUUUCCUUGUACCGGAAAGCUUUUGAUCAGCAAAUAUCCUCAGUUUCUCCAUCUGGCAAGCAUGAAAAACCAAAAUCACCUGUGACAACACCAAGAGGGAGGUUCUUGGAUGUUUCUAGACCAGAUACAUUACCAAAGAGGGAAACUUCAGCUAUCCAAUCUGGUUGCUGGUCACAUGACAACACAUGGAAGGAAUCUAGUGGUAUUGGAGGAGGAGAAAAGCUAUUAGAUUCUGGUGUUCAUCGAUGUCACUCUUCAUUAUCACAACGUUCGGCGUUUCCAACUAUAACCUCUAUUCCAGAAGAGUCUUUCGGAAGAGCUGUACGUGCCUGCCAUUCCCAGCCACUGUCCAUGAUGGAGUAUGCUCAGGAUGCAACAAAUAUAAUCAGUUUGGCUGAGCAUCUUGGAACACGCAUUUCUGAUCAUGUUCCAGAGACGCCUAACAAGCUUGCGGAGGAUAUGAUCAAGUGCAUGUCAGCUAUAUAUUGCAAACUUUCAGACCCACCUUUGACACAUAAUGUCCUUUCAUCUCCCAAUUCAUCAUUGUCGUCAGUUAGUGCAUUUUCACCGCAGGAUCAAUGUGACAUGUGGAGUCCAGGGCUUAGGAAUAAUUCAUCAUUUGAUGUACGGCUGGAUAACCCUUUCCUUGUUGAAGGAUUGAAAGAAUUUAGUGGACCAUACAGUACUAUGGUUGAAGUUCCAUGGAUUUAUAGAGAUAGUCAGAAGUUGGGAGAUGUUGAACACCUGUUGCAAAAUUUCAGAUCACUUAUCUGUCAAUUGGAAGAGGUAGAUCCUAGGAAGCUGAAACACGAGGAGAAGCUGGCUUUCUGGAUCAACAUACACAAUGCCUUAGUGAUGCAUGCGUAUCUGGCUUAUGGAAUUCCGCAAAACAAUGUGAAGAGACUUUUUCUGCUCCUGAAGGCUGCAUAUAAUGUUGGCGGUUAUACAAUCAGUGCAGACACAAUACAGAAUUCUAUCCUUGGAUGCCGGAUGUCUCGUCCUGGACAGUGGCUUCGUCUGUUACUUCCAUCAAGGUCAAAAUUUAAGACAGGAGAUGAACGACAAACAUAUGCGAUUGAGAAUCCAGAACCCCUUUUGCACUUUGCACUCUGCUCUGGAAGCCAUUCUGAUCCAGUGGUGCGUAUCUACACACCGAAAAGAGUGUUUCAAGAGCUUGAAGCUGCCAAAGAAGAAUACAUCCGAGCUACCUUUGGUGUACGCAAGGACCAGAAAAUCCUACUUCCAAAGCUUGUAGAAUCCUUUUCAAAGGAUUCUGGUUUGUGUCAGGCUGGGGUUAUUGAAAUGAUCCAACAGACUUUGCCUGAAUCUCUAAGGAAGUGUACUAAGAAAAUCCAACUUGCAAAACCUCGUAAGAGCAUUGAGUGGAUUCCUCAUAACUUCACUUUUCGCUAUCUGAUAUCUAAAGAGCUGGCUACAUUGCAUCAAGUUAUUGGAUCUAAAAUUCCCACAAAAAUAUGCAGCAGCAAGGUACAUCUCAUCAAUAAUUUAACCAUUUCAGGUUCACAUCUGUCGGUGGAUGGUAUCCAUUUUUUUCUUUUAAUAAUAAUAAUCUUCUCUCAAAAAACAGAUCAUUUAUCAGAAUUUGUCCUUUAUGGACCUACUGUGAGGUGGGGGUAGUUAAUGUGACUCUGCA